AUGUUUAAUUUUCUUUGUGCGUAUGGUGUUGGUGGUGGCAGGGUUGUUCUUGCGUCGGUGACGCGCUGCAGGUCGUUGGAGAACCUGGCGCAGCCGCACAACGCCAUCUACUACCAGCAGCGGGCGGCGCCGGGCGUCCUCCUCAUCGCCGAGGCCAGCGCGGUGUUGGAGACGGCGGCGGGGUACCCGCGUGUGCUCGGGCUCUGGAGCGACGACCAGGUGGAGGCAUGGAAGCCCGUCGUGGAUGCGGUGCACGCCAAGGGCGCCCUCUUCUUCUGCCAGCUUUGGCACACAGGGCGCAACCACUCACCCGCCACUCCCGCUGCUGGGUUUGAUGGGCCCCCUCCAAGGCUUGAAACGGAUGAGAUACCCGAAAUGGUGAUGGACUUCCGGGUCGCGGCCAGAAAUGCCAUCAGAGCCGGCUUCGACGGUGUGGAGAUCCACGCUGCCAAUGGGCUCCUCGUCUACCAGUUCUGGUGGUUUCUAGAUAUUGGAAGAGUGGAUUCUUCCAAGCCUAUGCGUCUGGAUGGCGGCAGCAGCAGCAGCAGCAGCCCGGAAGAUCGCUGCCGCCGCCUCGCCACCGAUGUCAUAGCCGCUGUGGUCGAUGAGGUCGGCGCGCACCGUGUCGGCGUGCGCCUCUCCCCGUUCGCCGGCGGCGACGCGGACUCCACCGAUGCCGCAGAGGCUCACACCCUGCAGCUGGUCCGCUCCAUCGACAAGCUCGGCGUCCUUUACUGCCACGUGGUGGAGCCGGGAUGCGCGCCGACGGCGACGGCAAGCCGGCGAUCCCGCACCGCCUGUCGCCGUUCAGGCAGGCGUUCAGGGGCACGUUCAUUGUGAACGGAGGGUACGACAGGGAGGAAGGGGACAGGGCGGUGAGCCAGGGGUACGCUGACCUGGUCUCGUACGGGCGGCUAUUCGUGGCGAACCCCGAUAGCAGCCUGGGCGACUGGGCGGGCGUGUCUAUUUAUCGCUUUAAGCGAUUUCCUCCAAUCCCAUCGCAUACUGUUUAUCUUCUUCACCUCGCCCGCGUCCUCCGCCCCCGCCCCUUCGUCCUCCGCCCCAGCUGGCGGCUCUCGCCGCCGUGCGGUUCGCCCACCAACCACCGCCAGCACAUUCCCGCUCUCCCCUAACCUCUCCGGCACCAUGCCCCCGCUCGGGACCUGGCCCGGCCGCCGACGCCCACCACCUUGGCCGGCGGCGCUCCGCCACGCCGCCUCGCCCCCCCCCCCACACACACACCACCGCCGGUCGAUUCCUCCCUCCACCACCUUCUCUUCUAGGUCUGGUGACCAUGGCGCCCUCCACCGCCGCCGCCGCCACCCCCAGCAAUCCUGGAUCCUAAGGCCGCCGCCGCCCUCCACCACCCCGGCCGCCGGCGACCUCGCCGGUGGCCGCUCCCCCCACCAACCACCCUCGCCGGCCACACCUUGCCCCUCCCCCCUCCCCUAGCUCACCGGCGGGCGCUCCCCGCUCCCCUAGCUGGAGGUGGAAGAUGAACAGGAAGCUUCUGCGAUGGCUCCGCGUGGAGUCGCGCGCGCGAUAAAUUGACACGGCGACUGGGGCACACCAGGUGGUGCCGGGGGAGGCUCCGCUCAUGAACUUGUUGUGGUAGGAGGAACACAGGUGUAGUACGUCCUACCGGGGUAUCACCACUGUUUGGCACCAUGGUUCAUGGAUGCCACGGCAAUCUGGUAGAACGUACAUAGGCGUGCAUGUUUCGUGUUUUUCCACCAGAUCAAAGCUUA